ACCUAAGCAGCCUCUACAUAUCUCUCAAAGCAAAAUACUCUGGUCUGUUGACAUUUGCAGCAGCACCGGAAAAACAGUUCGAGUCAUUAAUUCCAGGCGUUAUCAAAUCUUCCCUGCCCAUCAAAUAUGAAGACUUCACAGAAACAAGUUAUUGGAAUUCCAAUCAGAUCAGCAGCAUAUUCUGUUGAGAAGAUGCCAAGACUGUUACUUGAAAAUGCUGAACAGCGCUAUAUUCCAACCCCUGCAAAUAAAUCUCUGACAUGCAAGCAAAAUAAAAUAGAUUCAUUGCUUAAGAGGAUGAACAAGCUAGGGAAAAAAGCUGACAAAUUUGCUCAUGGAAUCCGCGAGCAUGUGAAACUGGGGACCAGGAUCACUGAAACUCUUAUUGGGAAGCUGAGCUUGGGGGCUAGGAUUAUUCGAGUAGGAGGGGUGAAGAAAGUUUUCAGGCAGCUAUUUGGUGUUAGUGAAGGGGAGAGAUUGCUGAAGGUUUGCCAAUGUUAUUUGUCAACCACAGCUGGUCCUAUUGCAGGCCUCCUCUUUACCUCCACUGAAAAGAUUGCCUUCUGCAGUGAGAGAUCGAUUAAAUUGUCUUCUCCAGAAGGAAAGUUGACCAGAAUUCAUUAUAAGGUAGUUAUCCCGUUAAGAAAGGUAAAGACAGCCAACCAAAGUGAGAAUGUGAAGCAGCCAUCGGAGAAGUACAUAGAAAUAGUAACAGUAGAUGAUUUUGAUUUCUGGUUUAUGGGUUUCUUCAGCUGUCAGAAAGCUUUCAAGUCUCUUCAGCAGGCAAUAACUCAAAAACAGAUGAAUACAAGCCAUUCAACUCUGAUGUAGACAGAAGUUUUUUCUCCCUUUUGUUUCAUCAAAUGUAACUAAAUGACGUGAGAGGGGUCAACACGAUCAGUUGAUCAAAGAAAAUGUAAAAAGUUGUUCUAAACUACGGGAAUUAAUGGAUCUUGAUUUCUCAA